AUGUCAGUGACACCACCACCAAGGCAUUCGAAGGUGACAGUGGCUAUGGCAGGACUGUUCUGCAGGCAUCACAACAGUUACUAUAAGAUCCCCAAACAGUUGCACCAUCUCCACAGAGGGUGUAGUGAAAUUCCGUCGUUUCUCACAACAGAGGUGCGAGCGAAAAAUGCCGCCUGGAUGAAGACAGCAUCGGACAGAGAUGGUGGGAGGGAAAUGAGGCAGACGCAAAUAUCUGAGUGCAUCCUUGAGGUUAAAGUAAAGCAUUUGGAAAACAAGUUGAGUGGCUCCAAUAAAAAGACAUUUGCAGUUAGCACCGAACGCAAUCUUAAUAUUCAAAAUUUCUUUGAGCAAUCGGUUGAAGAUAAAAUGAAACACGUCACGAAGGUUGACAGCUAUUACGGAUGGAUUGCUGUAGAACGGGAGAAGUUAAACCCAGAACGACCUGGUGAUUUAAAGGAGGCCGUCAACUUUAAUCCCGCUGACGACUCCGACGAUUGGCCGGAUGUAGAGUUUCAGCAGACGAGUAUGGACAUGUUCCAAAGAUGCACCAAGCUGUCACAACGUGUGUGUGAUGCGUUGUCCGUUGGCGUAGGCCUUCGAUGGUGCUUUCUCCGUGAUGCUCAUAAGUGUGCCGUCAAAAAAGGAAGUGCGACGACACUACGAAGUUUGUACUACCCGCCGAUUCCAGAAGGAUCACCAUCAAAGCCUGGUCAAAUUCGAGCUGGUGAGCACUCAGACUAUGGCUCAAUUUCGCUAGUUUUCCAAGACGAUAUAGGAGGUCUUGAGGCUAACAUUCCCGGGACAGGCUACGUACCCGCCACUCCGAUCUCUGGAACAGUAUUGGUCAAUAUCGGCGAUUUACUUCAGAGGUGGACGUCGGAUAAACUGUUGGCUACGAAACACAGGGUUGUUGUACCUGAAAAUGAAAUUGGAAGAAAAAAGUGCCGUCAGUCUAUCGUUUUCUUUUUCUACCCCGACUACGAUUAUUUGAUUAAAUGUGUGGAUGGCUCAGAUAAAUACGAUCCCAUAACAGGCCUUGAUUACCUUAAGUAUCGUUACAGUGUAACCUUCUGA